UCCAACGUGCUCCAUCAGUUGCAUUUUGGACCGUUGCCGCUGUAACAGCUGAACACUGAUUAAGGAUUUUCGUCGUUGUCGUCCUUUCGAACACAACUUAUAAAGCGCGAGUUUCAAAUAAAGCAAAAUUGUCAUGAGAUAAUUAUAUCGCAACUAUUUUACGGCCGUUUUCGUGUGUAAGGGUUUUUGAAAUUUAAAGUUUUUAGUGAAAACUUGGGUGUGAAAAGGAAAGUGGUGAAAGUUGAAAAUCAUUACAAAAAAAAAAAAGGAAUUAGUUAUUAUAUCCUUCAAGAUCCUUAAGAGGGUCUCUUGAAGUAAAAAAAAUACCAUAAUUAUAUAUAAAUGUAUUUUUUUUAAAAGUGCUAAGGGUCUGAAACAACGAAAUAAUGUUAGUUUUUUUUAAAACAUCCUGUUACUGGUGUCUCGUUGUGGCAAUAAGUUUGGUUGCAUUUCUUUGCCAUGGCAUCCCGACAUCACAAAAGACACCAGAUAACAAUGACUCUAUUGCCCAACUGCCUCCCUCGGAGCUACUACCUUCGACAACCGAAACAGCAACAACAACAAUUAUCCUUCCAAGGAAUGCAACAUUGGACCUUAUAGUUGAUACCGGUCCUUCGAGGAUGACAUUUCCGUCCAGAAGCCCAACAACACCAAUCAUUUCACCACAGCUAACGGCUUCGCGUAUCUACGAAUCGUUUAGGACAAUUUCUCCCACUGAUAGCAAUGAUGACCCUUUCAGGACGACAACCACCCAUCGUAGUCAUAGUUCGACGAGUUCGAAUGGCACGACUUUGAUGCGCAAACGAGGCGCAUCCAAUGAUUACCUUAGCAAGAACAUUUCAAUUAUUCUUGAGAACUUAUUAAAAAGCUACGAACAGUCACAAUUGCCCACUCAUGGAAAAGGUGUCCCAACAAUAGUCAGGACGAACAUCCUUAUUCGAAGCAUGGGUCCAGUAUCCGAGUUAGACAUGGACUAUUCAAUGGACUGCUACUUCCGGCAAUAUUGGCGAGACAAAAGGCUCAGCUUCAAAGGACCCAUUAAAAGUUUGUCACUCAGCAUAAAGAUGCUUGAAAGAAUCUGGAGGCCAGAUACUUUUUUCUUCAAUGGAAAGCAUUCGCACAUUCAUACAAUCACAGUGCCAAAUAAAUUGCUGAGACUCAGUCAGGAUGGAGAUAUUUUAUAUUCAAUGAGGUUGACGAUAAAAGCUACAUGCCCGAUGGAAUUGAAAAACUUUCCCAUGGACCGUCAGUCGUGCCCAUUGAUAAUUGGAAGCUAUGGAUACACAUCCCGACAGUUAGUUUACGAAUGGUACAGUGAUGAUGCAGUGAAUUUCGUUCCCGGAAUGACUUUGAAUCAGUUUGAUUUGAUCAGCAUGUCCCACAGAAAUUCAACUUAUGAAAGAAGAGAAGGUGAAUUUUCAGUGCUUCUUGUUGCUUUCAAUCUAAAGAGACACACAGGAUACUUUCUAAUUCAGGUUUACGUGCCUUGUAUUUUGAUUGUGGUCCUUUCGUGGGUGUCCUUUUGGAUACAUCGUGAAGCAACAAGUGAUCGUGUUGGACUUUGCAUCACGGCUGUGCUAACUUUGUCAACUAUCAGCCUGGAUUCUCGAACGGAUUUGCCCAAAGUCAAAUAUGCAACAGCUUUGGAUUGGUUUUUAUUGAUGAGCUUCUUAUAUUGCAUUGCAACUUUGCUUGAGUUUGCAGGAGUUCACUACUUUACAAAGACCGGAAGUGGAGAAAUUCCCGUGAGUGAAGAUGAAUGGGAAGAUGUCGAUGAAAUGGCUGAAGAAUCUGAUGGAGUUGUAACAUCCGAACAUAAAAGCACUGAAUCUGUAAGAGGAUCUCCACAAUCGGUGUCGGGAGCAUUUCGCAAACGGAACUCAAUGAUUUGUCCUAUUUAUAAUGAUCCAACACUUAUCUUUCAAGCCCCUUCAUCUCAUGCAUCGACAAUGGAAAGGACAACUCAAACAGAGCCACCUGUCGUCUCAAAAUGCAAACAAGUUUGGUUGUGUUUUAUUGGAGAUGAUAAAUUUCGAAAACAACGUGAAAGAGAUGCAACUGUCAAAGGCGGUCGGCAUAUGAAUAGUGUUUCAUUGAUUGACCAAGUGGCGCGUAUUGCAUUUCCAGCCUCGUUUAUACUAUUUAAUUUAUUGUAUUGGCUUGCUUAUGGAAUGUAUAAGAAGGAUUUCCCAUGGUAAACUCGAGACAAGCAUCAAGACUUUCUACCAGCAGAUGCGCUGUUAAAGCAGAUAAAAUGCAUUUAGUUCAAAAUCAACGUGAUUUUUGUGUUGUUUUAAAUAUGUAAAAAAAUAAUUGUAUUUUGUUUUUGUUAUAAUUUAUUAAUAAAA